AUACCGGGGGCAUUACGACGAUGGAUUCGAGAGCAGAAUCAACAAAAACAACAUUAGCGAUUCUUGACUCCGCCAAGUAAACACACACACGCACACCCAUAAAGACUCCGUCACGCACACUCAUGCAACAGCGCAUCUCAAGGAAAACUUGAUGGGGAAAAAACCGAAGGAAAAACUUGUCAAGUUCGAAGCCCUUUCGAAAUAUUCUAAACAGACCCGGAAAAAAUGAAGCAGCAGAAAAUGUUAUCAAAUGUGGAACAACAUGAGCCAACAAAUUUGCAAACGGUCAGCUGCACAUAUUGAAAAAGUUAUGAACAGGAAAUGAAACGGAAGCUGACAAUAUUCUCCAACGACGACGACGAUGGUGACUGGACCUUUCCGUUCCAGCUUUCUAUUGGUGACUGGCCGACAUGGUUGGCAGUUGCUUAAUUGGCCCGGAAUGUUUGCUUAUCAACAACUGUUUUUCGCCGGGCUUUAAAGGCCUGCCUUUCGGAAAAUAAAAGCCACCGAAGGGCCAAAUUAGCCAGUUAGAAGGGUUUGCCAUGGCCGAGGAGAAGCACCGCAUGUUGUACCAGGGUCAGGAUGCCAGUCAGGAGGAUCCCCAGAAGCAGCGACCCAUGUCCUUGUCGCCCUCGGAACCGCCCACCUACGACGAUGCCAUGAACGAUGCAGCGCCAUCCGGUUUGGCCAACUUUGGCUACUCCGCCGAUCGCCGGAGAACCUUCUUUGCGGAGCCACAACAUCUGAGGAAUGGCCUGGAGGAGAUGCCCCACGUGGAGGAUGCGGAGGGGGAUGGUCCGCCGAUGCAGGAGGGAUUGCCAUCGCCUCCUGUGCGAGGUAAGCGGGGUUUUUAAGUUAAUGUAUUAUAAUGUUUUAUAUUAAUGUUUAUAUUUAGCAGAUUUUUCAUCUUGACCCCCCAACCCAAAUUGGGUAAACAGGCGAUGGAGAUAGUGUGUCCAGCUUGUGGUCAACGGGGAUUCACGCGCUUGAAGAGAUCGUCCAAUGCCACCACCCACAUUUGGGCCCUCUGGCUGUGCGCUUUUGGCUGGUGCUGCUGCGCCUGCUUGUGUCCGUAUUUAUGGAACGGCUGCCGGACGACGAAUCAUUACUGCUCCGCCUGCGAGAUCUUCCUGGGCGCACAUUAUCCUGCCGGCUGCUGCUGCUGCCGGCUGUAGUCCGGAAAUAUCCUGCAGGAUCGCAGCCGGAAUCCGGCCGCUAAUUGUGAAAGUUUUCCGUGUGUGAAUAAAGCUGAGUGGGCGGCACGCCUCUGACCACAAGGACUCCUCGGGGCUUAUUCGCUUGUAAUGAGUAACAGAGCCGAGCGUGGCCGGAAAUUGUGCGCCGUCAAAUCGAAUUGCCUACCUAAGCCCAUGGUCCGUCGUCCGUCGUCCUUCAUCCUUCGUUUUCAAUCUCCAAUACCCGAUCCCCCGCCAACGCCCAUGCCCAUCAACCCCCCGCCCAAAUGAUGCAUAACUGGCCUAAACAAAUUGCCUCAUCAUCACUACGGCUCGCACAUCCUGCCACCCAGAGCGGAUUGUUGUUGAUGCUGCUCGUUAUUGAUACCCUGCAAAAACGGAGAGUAUCCGGUUUUUUUUAUCAUGUUUUUAUGGCCUUAGAGUUGAACCCAUAUCAAGUUUAUUUUUGAUAAAGCAACAAAGGUUCAGCAUAUUUUAAAAGACCUAUAAAUGGUUAAAUGUAAUUUUAUUAGAUCUCUCCAUCAAUAUAUAAUCUCUUAGAAAGGCGUCUUAAAGUAUGCAAUUCUUAUUUUUAUUUUCGACAAAACAGUAACUUAGUUAUACCAUAGAUGUUGGCUUAAAAGAUAUAUUCAAUUGUUUUAGAAUUUUUAUCUGCAGGGCUUAGAAUCUCCCAAAAAUGUGUCUAAAAGUAGGCAGUAUAAAAAAAACCGUCGACUUCUGAUUUCUAAAAUUAUUAUUGCAUACUUUUACGCAUUUUUCCAAACCAAAUUAAAAUUAUAUUAAAUUAUUUACAAUGUUUUUUGCCCUUCAGAAGGGUAUCCUUGACUUUAAUUCGUCUGCACUUGUUUGGCUCUCAGUUGCGCUUUUUGUUUUCGAGGUUUCUGCCUAUUUCGGUGCUUUGCGGGGGCUUUGUUCAAUUUUUGGACUGCAAUUGGCCAGCGGUGGCAGCGAAUUCAAUUAGCGCCCCGUGGGAUGUGCGAUUUGGAGCCCAGCCUGCACUGCAACCUUCGACUGGGCCAGAAACUGGAGGCCGCAUUGGGAUUGACUGGCCAGAACUGCGGGGCCGUGAACAAAAGGCACAACUCGACAAUUAGUCGGGCCAGAGUGCCGCAACAACAAUUAUGGCCGUAAGAGCAUUAUGGCCAAGUGCAUUAUGAUGUGAUAACUGCGCCUCAAUCACAUCAAGUAUACGCCGCCUUGUCCACGCACGAGUUUAUUGCUGCUGCUGUCGUAAUAACAAUGAUAGUCAUAGCAAUACAAAUAAUAAUAAUAAUAUGUAAUGGGAAAACAAUGAAAAUGAGCUGCCAACGGCAGUCCGUCCCAAUAAGAUUACAAUUUUAAUUAGAUUAGCAUGCUGCUGGCUGUGCUGCUGUUUUUACGCCUGCCUCAAAUAUCUAAUGUAAGCAUCUGAAAAACUAUGUUAAUUUCAAUA